GCUUUGUCGUAAAAGAAAUCGAAGCAUCCGACCCACGAGCAAGCCGCCGAUGUCGCUUUCUCGGCGCAACUCGCUCUCGAACCUUCUUCUGCGUCGCCCCAACGACCGCGGCAAGCAGCUCUGGGGCAAAGUGCGCGAGAACCUCCCGGUGCUCGCGCCGCCAAAGCCAACGACGCGGUACCGGCGCGUCGCGCGACCGCCGCUCAUGUUUGAUCCAAGCAGCGACUUUAAAUUGCAGUGGGACCUCCUCGUCGGCGUGCUCGUCGUCUAUACGACGGCGGUCGUUCCGUACCGCGUGAGCUUUUCGAUUGACGCGAGCGGCUUCUUUUACGUGUUUGAGACGCUCAUGGACGUCGUCUUCUUCCUCGACAUCCUCCUUUCGUUCCGCACGGGCAUCACGUCGCCCGUGACCGGCCUCGUCUACUACAACAAGCAGCACAUUGCGGUCGCGUACCUCAAAGGCUGGUUCUUCAUCGAUUUUGUGUCCACCGUGCCGAUUGCAUCGGUGGCGACGCUCGUCGACCCGACGCUGGACUCGAACGCGCUCAAUUCCGCACGCGUCUUUCGCGCGCUCAAGCUCGCGCGGCUCCUCAAGCUCGCUCGGAUCCGCAACAUUGCCCACAUGCUGGCCAAGUGGGAGGAAGAGGUGUUUGUGAACGAAAGUCUGCUCUCGCUGCUCAAGAUUCUGUUUUCGUGUUUUCUUGGCGCACAUUGUCGCGUGCGUAUGGUUCUUCGCGUCGACGGCCAACCCCCAUUCGUGGGCCGCGACGAUCGGCCUCAUGGACGAAAACCACGGACACAAGCAGACGCUGCAGUACCUCGUGUCGCUCUACUGGGCCAUCGUGACCAUGGCGUCGGUCGGCUACGGCGACGUCGUGCCCCAGACGAAGCUCGAGAUGGCGAUUGCGAUGUUCGUCAUGGUCAUCGGCGUCGUCAUGUUUGGUUACGUGAUUGGAAACAUCACGUCGCUUGUCGACAACCUCAACGCGAGCGGCCGCAUGCAGCACGAGCGCAUCACACAGGUGAAAGAGUACAUUAUCGUGCGCAGUCUGCCCAAGAUGACAGCCAAGCGUCUUUUGGACCACUACGAGUAUUACUACCGGUAUCGCUCGGUCUUUGACGAAGACGCCAUUUUGAAAAACAUCCCAAGCAUCAUUCGGCACGAAGUGGUCCACCAUGUUCUGCGCAAGUUUGUGGCGCGCAUCGACUUUCUCUCCGAGUUCCACGAAGGCCUCGUUAGCGACAUGGCGGUCGCGAUGCACCCGUUCUUCGUCGUCAAGAACGAGAGCAUUUUCGUCCAGCACGAGAUCGCAGCCCAUGUCUUCUUUCUCAUGAAGGGGUCGGCGACGCUCAUCAAGUCGUACGUGAAUCAAAUGGGCGAAACCGAGCUCAUGCAGCUCUCACCCGGCGUGCACUUUGGCGAGGUCGAACUCUACCACCCGCGCUUUGGCCGCGGCGUACGCCUCUGCACGGCCAUGGCCAAGACGUACUGCGAGCUCACGUUUCUGUCGCGUCAAGUGAUUGCCACCAUUGGCGAAACGUGGCCUGAAGUGCUGACGCACUUUGAGAAAACCGCGAACAGCAAGGUCCGCUUCAUGGCCAAGCGCGGGCAACUCGACGAGUUUAACACGAUCUUGGACAAGAAACCAUCGGCGUCGAGUCUCCGGCACCGACGCAUGGUCAACGCCGCCCGGUCCUCGCCACUGGCACGACGCGACGGCAUGUCGCUGCCGCUACCGGCGUUCGCAGCCCUGCCGGCGAUCGACGGCCUGCAAGGCGUGGACUACGGUUCAGCGUCGUCGGACGACAGCGGCGACGACACCGAUGACGUCAGGCGCGUCAGCAGUUCGUUCCAACUCGACACGCAGAUUGCCCGGAUCCAAACUGCGAUUCGUCCGCUGGUCAACGAGCAAAAGCUGGCGCAUCAAAACUGGGUCGUCCACCCCCACGACACAUUCCUCAUCAACUGGCAGCUCACGGUCGCGACGGGUAUCAUUUACUCGACCAUCAUGGUGCCAUAUCGCAUUGGCUUCAACUCGGACCCGUCCGGACAAGGGCUCGCAGUCGACCUCCUUGUGGACUUCAUUUUUUUCAUCGAUAUUCUCAUUUCGUUUCGGACCGCGUUCUACACGGCCGAGCACCAGCUCGUGUACCAAGCAAGGACCAUCAUGUUUGGCUACUUGCGCGGCUGGUUCUUGAUCGACAUCAUCUCGACCGUGCCCAUUGACACGAUCGGCGGUCUCUUCUUGUCCACGGCCAGUUCGGCCAAGGUGCUCUCGUCGACGAAAAUUCUGCGCAUUUUCCGCAUCGCGCGCAUCUUCAAGCUCAUUCGGCUCCUCAAAAUUGGCAAAGUGUUUGGCCGCGUGCGCGAUGCGAUCCAGCUGAAUCCGUCGAGCGAACGGCUCUUGAAGCUGGUCAUGAUCAUGGUGCUCUUUGGGCACUGGAACGGAUGCAUUUUUCACUUUAUUAUGCUCCAAGAGGAAGAUCUCGGCUACGGAGAUAUCCACCCGUACCGGUUCUCGGUCAGCGAAAUUCUGUUUACGAUUGUGUGUCUCUUGGUCAACUCGACGAUUUACGCCUACGUCGUGAGCGGCAUCAUCGAGGUCAUCUACAACUACGACCCGAGCGCGCGCGAAUAUAGCAGCCGGCACAACGCGAUGAAGGAUUACGUGCGCGAGUCGGGGCUCUCGGCGCGAUUGAGCCACAACGUGCGCCACCACUACGACUACCUCCUCUCGACCAUGUGUCUUUUGCCCGAAGAAAAGUCGGCCUCCGCGCACCACCAGCUGCGUCCGAGCCUGCGCUUCGACUUGGCGCGGCUUGUCGCGUCCAACACGUUUCUCACCAUCAGUCUCAUUGCGGGCAUGGAAAAACGCUACAAGGGCUUUGUCAGCUACGCGAUGUUUCUCCUCAAGCCGCAACUCGUGUUGCGGAGCGAGCGUGUCUGUCACAGCGGCAGCCCGGGCACCGAAAUGUUCUUCAUUUCGGACGGCGAGUGCGAGCAACUCGAUAAGGACAACCGCAACGCGCGUGUUGUCGGCGAGGGCGGGAUCAUCGAAGCGUACGCACUGCUCGCCCAUCCGGACGAGCACUAUCGAAUGGAGAGCUCGGUGACGGUUCUCACAAAGUCGUGUGAGCUCUACUCGUUUGCGGUCCACGACUUUCAGACAAUUGCGUCCAUUUCGCCGGCGAUCUCGUCCAACAUGUCGUACGAACUGGCGCGGAGCAUCAUCCAGGACGAUUUUUUGCGGCUCACCGAGCUCCAAGCCCGGCGCGUGGCGGCGGCGAUCGAACACGAGAAAAAGUACCACCCCGUGGCGACCCUACCCCUUGACAACCUCCUGAACGUGGUCUUGACAACGGUUAAAGCGACGACGGGCGACACGCUCACGAUGCACGUCAAGCAGACAGUCCACAAGCUGGCCGUGCAAACGAGCCACACCCCGCCGGUGGAAUGA